AUAUCCUUCCCAAUGAGUAGUCUGUUCCCAAUAUAUAUCAUACUAUUUAAAUUCCCUCUCAAUAUUUUCUUCUCCAAAAAUCUAUCACUUUGCUUUUAUUAUACACUGCAAUUCUGAUCAAACUCUCAGUCUUCUUACACUUUGCUCUUCCCAAUAACAUCAUCAAUUUUUUUUCUUUUUGUUUUUAUCUAUAAAAGAGAAAGAUCAUAUAUACAUAUGGAUAAUAUUGACUUGCUCAAAUUAUCAUCACCUUGUGAAGAUCAAAUGGAAAUGAUGCUCUUGAUGCAAAUGGAGAAUGAAAUGCCAAUGUUGGACUAUAGUCCCCAACGAAACAUCAUCAACAACAGCAACAAUAACAACAACAAUAAUAAUAAUAUCGAUCGUAACAAUUUCUCUGAAAUUUUCGAUCAUCAUAAUCCACCAUCCACAUUAUUCUUGAACAAUAUGUCAUCUACCAUUUCAUUAAAUGGUUGUAAAUCUCCCCAAAUAGUUCAUCAAGAUUCAUCAAUAACUCUCCCUUUCCUGGACAAUUCAAGUAGUACUAGUGGUACUAAUGGGAGGUUGAGGAGUUCUAUUCGCGCUGCCAAUAAAGAACAGGUAUCCUCUGCCUCACAUUUGACAUUUCCUUCUUCACAUACAGUGAAGCGCAACUCUAUGGCGGCCAUGAGGGAGAUGAUUUUUAGAAUAGCGGCAAUGCAACCUAUUCAGAUCGAUCCUGCAUCAGUAAAAGCGCCCAAGAGAAGGAACGUGAAGAUAUCGAGCGAUCCUCAAAGCGUGGCAGCACGCCAUAGGAGAGAAAGGAUAAGUGAAAAAAUAAGGAUAUUACAAAGAUUGGUACCAGGUGGAACAAAAAUGGACACAGCAUCAAUGCUAGAUGAAGCAAUUCAUUACAUGAAAUUCUUGAAGAAACAAGUUCAAUCACUUGAAAAAGUUGAAGUUAAUAGGCCAAUUGUUGCUGCUACUUCUGGAUGCCUUGGAUUCCCUGUGCCAAUGUCACUAAGUGGGAAUUAUUACCCUUAUCAUCAAAGUGUUCAACCCUAGAGAUAUAUAGUUAUUGACUGAUUAAAUGAGGGUACAAAAUGGAAUAACAAGUUGUUGUGUUUAGUAUAAAUUGUGGGGUUGUAAAUUAGAAAGAAGAUUGUGGUGGUAAAAAAAUAUCAAAUAUAUAUAAUAUAGUCACUUCUCAUGAUACCAUGCAUGUUGUACUAAUUGAUGAAUAAUAUUAGUUCAUAAUAUUGACCAUA